AUGUUCUUGAAGGUGGUGUUACAGGAAAUAUGGAGAACGUCCGUCGGAUGGGAUGAUCCUAUAGAAGAAAAACAGUUUGGAAUGUGGAUGCAGUGGCUAAAGGUACUUCCUGAAGUGGCGACGGUAGAAAUCCCACGUUGCUAUAGGACCGCUACAUCAAUUGAUAGUACCAACGAAGUGCAAAUGCACAUCUUUGUCGACGCUAGUGAGAAAGGGUUCGCUGCAGUGGUAUACCUGCGAUUCAAGCAAGGAGACAUCAUUGAAACGGCGCUGGUAGGAUCAAAGACACGUGUUGCACCUAUCAAGUUCCUAUCAAUUCCGCGAUCAGAGCUACAAGCCAGCGUAAUCGGAGUAAGGUUGGCGAAUAGCAUAGCGCAAUCGCUGUCCGUCAAGAUUAACAGGCGCUUCUUUUGGACCGAUUCAAGCGACGUCAUCAGCUGGCUCAAAUCCGAUCAUCGCAGAUAUAGCCCGUUUGUCGCUUUCCGAGUGAGCGAGAUGCUGGAAGCUUCGGAUGUCAGCAAAUGGCAGUGGAUUCAAACGAAUAAUAAUGUCGCUGACGAUGGAACAAAGUGGAAACGAGUACCUGAUAUGAGAAAAACAAGUCGAUGGUUCCACGGUCCGGAAUUUCUCAAAACUCCAGAAGCAGAAUGGCCUGUGAAGAUACACGUCGAUAACGCUACCUCGGAGGAAUUACGUCCACAUUUAUUGCUGCACAUCAAAUUUCCAGAGCCAAUCAUCGAUCCUCAAAACUUCUCCAAAUGGACUUCGCUUCUACGUCGAUGCGCAUACGUGUUUCGAUUCAUCGGGAAUGUGAAGACAUCUAGCUCUGAAGAAAGAACUGUUGGAGCAUUGACAGCUGGUGAGCUAGUAAAGGCUGAAAACUACUUGUACCGGCUGGCCCAAGAUAGUUCGUACGCAGAUGAGCUAGCAAUACUAUCGAACACAAGAGCGUCCAAAGAUUCUACCUUGACGAUACCGAAGAAUAGUUCAAUCUAUUAUCUCUGUCCGUUCCUGGACCAACAUGGCGUACUCCGGGUGCGUGGUCGAACCUCGGCGUGUCCCGGUGUGAAUCCGGAUGCAGUGAAUCCAAUCAUCCUUCCACGAACUAAUCACAUCACACGUCUCAUCAUAUCCCACUACCACAACAAAUAUCAUCAUCAAAACCACAAUACCGUGGUUAACGAGUUGCGCCAACGAUACAGCAUUUCUCGACUGAAGCCUGCCUACAAUGAGAUUCGUCGAUGCUGUCAGCAGUGCAAAACGAUCGUGCACAACCACUACCACCAGCUAUGGGCGACUUGCCAUUACCUCGCCUGGCCGCCUACGCUCGACAGUUCACGUAUAUGGGGGUGGACUACUUUGGACCAAUUAUGA